CAGCAUAAUAUUCUCGGUUCAGUUGUUCUGACAUAAUUUUAAAGCACCCGGACAAAAAAAGGAGAAAUUUCGAUUAAAUUUAUUUAGUGUUUCCGAGUCACGCUACAAAUUCUCCCGCGAGCCCAACAAGGCAUUCGACUUCUCUCAGAACUAUGAGUGAGAACAGUUCAUCUGAUCCUCCCAACAGCACUCAGGGGCCCGACACAGAUAAAAAAGCCCCCCAGGAGAAACCAGUGGACAAAGCGGGGAAGAACCCUACACAAGAACCCGAAGAAGAGAUCGACAUUGAUCUGGAUGCGCCAGAGACGGAAAAGGCAGCUUUGGCAAUACAGAGUCAGUUCAGACGCUUCCAGAAAAAAAAGAAGUAGAAAAGGGAAGAAUGAAUUGAAAGAAUCAGUGCAGAGGAUAAAAACCUUCCACAAUAUUCAAAAUGGAAAGAGAUUUAAUAAGGAAGAGACAGGGGAAAGGGAAAAGUCAUGUGUGGGUGGGAAAUUAGGGGUUUGGAAAACAAAUGACAGUCCAGUGGCAUCAACAUGCUGGGUUGAUUAGAGUUUAGGACAUAAGAAUAGGGAAGGAUUUUCACUUUAAAAGACAUUGCAGAUUUUGUUCUAGUUGUAUUUGUGUAGAUUUGUCUCCAUCCUUUCUAUCCUCUCCUGUAGACAUAAAUAUAGAUAGGAGCGUCAGUUACUGACAUGUGCAACACACAUCUAUUAUUUAAUAUAUUCAGUAUAUCAUUGAUGCAACAGAACAAAUGUAAUUAAUAUAAACGUAAGAAUUCAAAGCGCAGUGAAUGACCAAAUGUUGCACUGCACCUACAGUAAAACAUGUUGGUGUGAAUUAGCAAUAUAGAUAUGAAGUAGCUUAGUUGUAAAUGUAUUCUUAGAGGUAGCUGUUAAUUGUUUUGUUUUUCUUUUCUUUUAAAAUGAGAAGCAUUUGAAAAAAUAAGGAAAUCUCGGUAAUACCAUUAUCUUUUUUGUCAUUAGUUAACUACUUUAACAUGAAUUAACAAUGAAAUAC